CGACUCUGCUCCUGUGGCGCCGCUCUGGUCGCGAGCCUAAGCCAUAGAGUGGAGAGGAGUCUGAGGCGCAUGCGCCAAGGGCCCCUGUGGCUGGGCUUUGGAAAGAAAGGGGUGAAGCAGAGGAAGAGGGGCUCCAAGGAGAAGAAGAUGGCGGCUGCUGGGGGAGGCUGCUGCGGGUGUUGCUGCUCCAGCUGCUGCGGGGAGAGGGAGAGCCGCACCCCGGAGGAGCUGACCAUCCUGGGAGAAAAUGAAGACGAGGAGGACGAAAUUCUGCCCCGGAAGGACUAUGAGAGUUUGGAUUAUGAUCGUUGCAUCAACGAACCCUACCUAGAAGUCCUGGAAAGUGUGGACAGCAAGAAAGGCUGGCGGUAUGAAGCGGUCAAGUGGAUUAUGGUGUUUGCCAUUGGGGUCUGCACAGGGAUGGUGGGUCUCUUUGUGGACUUCUUCGUCCGGCUUUUCACCCGACUCAAGUUCCACAUUGUGCAGAGCUCGGUGGAGGAAUGCAGCGAGAAAGGCUGCCUCGCAGUAUCCCUGCUGGAGCUCCUGGGCUUUAACCUCACCUUCAUCUUCUUCUCCAGCCUCCUUGUCUUGAUCCAGCCUGUGGCCGCCGGCUCCGGGAUUCCCGAGAUCAAAUGCUACUUGAACGGCGUGAAAGUCCCCGGGAUCGUCCGCCUCCGGACUCUGGUUUGCAAAGCCCUGGGUGUGCUCUUCAGCGUGGCUGGAGGUCUCUUUGUGGGGAAGGAAGGGCCCAUGAUCCACAGCGGGGCCGUGGUGGGUGCUGGUUUACCUCAGUUCCAAAGUAUCUCUCUAAAGAAGAUCCGGUUUAACUUCCCCUACUUCCGCAGCGACAGGGACAAAAGGGACUUUGUGUCCGCAGGAGCGGCCGCUGGGGUGGCGGCAGCUUUUGGGGCGCCCAUCGGAGGUACGCUCUUCAGCCUGGAAGAGGGCUCCUCUUUCUGGAACCAGGGGCUGACGUGGAAAGUGCUUUUCUGCUCCAUGGCCGCCACCUUCACUCUGAACUUCUUCCGCUCUGGGAUUCAGUUUGGAAGCUGGGGCUCUUUCCAACUCCCGGGGUUGCUGAAUUUUGGAGAGUUCAAGUGUUCAGAAUCCGACAAAAAAUGCCACCUCUGGACCGUCGUAGACCUGGGUUUUUUCAUCCUGAUGGGGGUCGUCGGGGGUCUUUUGGGCGCCACCUUCAACUGCAUCAACAAGCGGCUGGCCAAGUACCGCAUGCGCAACGUCCACCCCAAGCCCAAGCUGGUUAGAGUCUUGGAGAGCCUCUUAGUGUGCCUGACAACUACCCUUGUGGUUUUUGUCGCUUCCAUGGUUCUAGGAGAAUGCCGGCCGCUGUCUUCCGCCAACCAUGGAGACAACAGCUCUCUCAGCUUGCAGGGCUCAUCAUCCGACACGGUGAAUUCCAGCAUCAAGACCUUCUUCUGCCCCAACGACACCUACAACGACAUGGCGACCCUCUUCUUUAACCCUCAGGAGUCGGCCGUCUUGCAGCUCUUCCACCAGGAGGGGACAUUCAGCCCCAUCACGCUCUCCCUGUUCUUCCUCCUCUACUUCUUACUCUCCUGCUGGACUUAUGGGGUCUCUGUGCCUAGCGGCCUCUUCGUCCCCUCACUUCUCUGUGGGGCGGCCUUUGGACGCCUGGUCGCCAACCUCCUUAAAAGCUACAUCGGUUUGGACCACAUCUACUCAGGAACCUUUGCGCUGAUUGGCGCAGCGGCCUUCCUGGGCGGGGUGGUCCGGAUGACCAUCAGCCUCACUGUCAUCCUGAUCGAGUCCACCAAUGAGAUCACAUAUGGUCUGCCCAUCAUGAUCACACUGAUGGUGGCCAAAUGGACCGGAGACUUAUUCAACAAGGGCAUCUAUGACAUCUACAUCAACCUCCGCGGGGUGCCACUCCUGGAGUGGGAAACCAAGGCAGAGAUGGACAAACUGAGAGCCUGUGAUAUCAUGGAGCCCAACCUGAUGUACGUCUAUCCCCACACCCGGAUCCAGUCCCUCGUGAGCAUCCUGCGCACGACGGUCCAUCACGCCUUCCCAGUGGUGACCGAAAACCGAGCCUACGAGAAGGAGUUCAUGAAAUGGGACCAGCUCAUCAGCAACAACAUCAAGUUCAAGAAAUCCAGCAUCCUCACCAGAGCCAGCGAACAGCGCAAGCGUAGCCAGUCCAUGAAGUCCUACCCGUCCAGUGAGCUGCGCAACGUGUGCGAUGACCACAUUGCCACGGAAGAACCAUCAGAGACAGAAGACAUGUUGCAGCAGAUGCUGGAACGGAGGUAUACGCCUUACCCCAACCUAUACCCAGACCAGUCGCCCAGUGAAGAGUGGACCAUGGAGGAGCGCUUCCGCCCCUUGACCUUCCAUGGCCUGAUCCUGCGCUCGCAGCUGGUCACUUUGCUGGUGAGGGGCGUCUGCUAUGCGGAAAACCAGUCGAGUGCCAGCCAACCUCGCCUCUCGUAUGCGGAGAUGGCCGAGGAUUACCCUCGCUACCCGGACAUCCACGACUUGGACCUCACGCUGCUGAACCCCAGGAUGAUUGUGGAUGUCACCCCUUACAUGAACCCCUCUCCUUUCACCGUCUCACCCAACACCCACGUCUCCCAAGUCUUCAACCUCUUCAGGACGAUGGGACUUAGGCAUUUGCCGGUGGUGAACGCCGUCGGAGAGAUCGUCGGGAUUAUCACUCGGCACAACCUGACCCAUGAGUUCUUGCAGGCCAGGCUGCGGCAGCACUACCAGACCCUCUGACCGCCGCCUUUUCGCCUCCGAGCUGCUACUGCUUCUGUGCCGCCCUCUUGGCCCCGCUUUGUGCACUUAAAAACAAAUCAAAACCCAAACUGAUUUCCUUAUGGGAGACCCUGGAAGUUUUUGGAAAGACGAAGGAAGAGCUGGGAUAUCUCUGUUGGCUGGCCUUUGCCACCUGCUUUUCCCAGCCGGCUUUGGACGGAUGUAGUCUCAGCAUCACGCUUUCCACCCUGUGGACAAGUUUGAGAAAACUCUUCUCUGCCAUAUUCCAGGCAGAAAAAGUAACUUUUCCCUCUUCCGAACGUUCCUCUUCAUAUCUUGCCUUACCGUAAUCCAAGCCCGAUAACAGCUCAAAUCCACAAAACGGUGAUACCUUUAUGGGCCGAGCGAAAUGCACAAAAUACAAGCCCACUGCAACUCCCCUGCAAAGCUUGCAAUGUGUGUUUUGUGCAUUUGGGUUGGCCAAUAAAGGUGUCCCUGUGUUGUGGAUUAUGGAUGUUAUUGUACUUCGCUACACGGCUGUCCCUGGAUACGUAAUCCAAGCAUUACCAUCUCUACCAAGGAAAGAGACUCAGCACUUGGAUGCCAUUCCCAGCUCAACCAGUAAAUCAUGCAGCUUGGCAUCAAUAAGACCGAGAAAGAGAAAUACUCUGAUUUAUUUUUAUGUUUUAAGAAAGCCUGGAGGUUUUUCUUUGGAUUCUCAAUGUUUUGUCUUUCAUGCAUCUGCUCUUCUUUCCAUUCAGCUUAUUAACUUCUUAGGUUUUGUUCAAAUCCUUUGGAGAGCCAGAAAGAGGGAGGAACCCACUUCCACUCAAGUGGAAAUUUGAAUCCGGUGCUUGUUUCUCCUUGACCUUUCCCAGUUAUGGACCAAGGGUGAAAAAUCACAUUCCCAAUCAUUAGGCCAGUAAGUUUAAUGAGAAGAAGCCGCUGCUAAUGAGCAGAAGUUGCUGUUAAUGAGAGGAAGCCGCAAAGUUUGUCAGGAGGAGGAUUUGGGAAGUCUUUUGUCUUGAAGGUUGGGGGAAAAUGAGUUCCUGUGCAUCAUUUCUGCCUGUGUUGCCUCAAUAGGAUGUUAGGAAUGGAAUAUUUGUUGAAAGUAUCUUCCUCUUCUCAUCCCAAAAUCUGAGGUCGUUGAGGAAGUAUUGGACCACGCAUCCCAUCCUCAGCUUGGACCAGCUUGGGGAAGAUGGAAGUGGUAGUCCAACACAUCACAAACCCUAAUUUCUGGUGGGCCCUUUUUGAAAGUUCACCCAGAUGCAUGUUUUGGGCCAUCCACAUGGAUACCUCUCCAAGUGAGUCCCUGUGCACCUCUUCUAUGCAGGGCUGAUGGGAGCUGUAGUCCAUCUCCUAUCAUCCCUUGCCACUGGCCAUGCUGAUUAGGACUGAUAGAAACCGUAGUCAAACUCUUAACCCUUGUGGCUGAUGGGAGGUGUAAUCCACCCUUCCAUCAUUCCUUUCCACCAGCCAUGUUCACUUUCCUUUGCCAUCCUUUGCAUAGAGCUUUCUGAGCGAUGGGGUUGUUACUUUGUUGGAGUGCAGCUCCCAGAAGCUUGGUCAGGAAUCCUGAGAGAUGGAGUCCAGGAGCUUAUCUUUCAAGCUCUGCGCCUCUUUCUGCCUUUUCGUCACCCCUGAUUCUGCCUGGAUCGGGCCCUCGGAGCCCUGUUUUGUCCGUGUAACAUUCAUCCACCCACCUAUUUUUGCCUCCGACUGGGAAGGUUGAGCCCUUUCCAUUUCCAUCCCUCGACUCCCUGACUUUUCAUAGAAAGACGUUUUAAUGAGCAAAUCUGGCCGGAGGGUGGAAAUGAUUAAAAAGCGAUUGCAGAUACCCAGGUAGGACUGGAAUAGUUCUGGAAGCCAACGGUUUCCCACCCGGGUUUCGCCCAGCCAGCCCUGGCCGGUCUACGUCUUCCAACAAGCCCUGACUCGGCUGGGCCUUGCAGUGUUCCGGUGGGUUCCUGCCUUAGCGGUUUCUUAGAAGGUGUUUUUGUUGGCUUGGCAUAAAUCUCUCGCCAGGUGAAAUCGGGAAGGCAGGAGCCGCUGAUGGUCUUGAUAAAGCACAGCAUGGAUUUUUAAUGGUCAGUUAGCGUUUCCCUUAGGGACAAGCUUGCCAGCGAUGGCGGCGGGUGCAUUCCAGGAACAAAAGAUCCAGACAGCUCUGAGCCUUUGCAAUCGGUAGCCGUCCUUUUAGCAAGAACGGAGUGGCAGGGAGUCCCAGUGCCUGGGUUGGAAACUCAGUGUUUCACGUUGUUUUCUCUCUCUUUUCCAGCCGUUGCGUGUCGUCGGAACUGCCUUGCUUUAUUCUGCCAAGGUUAGCAGCUUCACAUUUUUCUUGCAUGCUAACACUGUGCCUUUCCGGACCUUGUUGGGACACUAAAUGGUGAGAGGUGAUGGGUUGCGUAUCCUAUCAGUCCUAACCAGCCUGGUUAGUGGCAAAGGAUGAUGGGAGAUGGGCUGUGGCUAACAUCAGCUAACAGGGCCAGCGAUGAGGGGUGACUGGAGAUGGACUGCAGGUUCCAUCAGCCAUAGUCUAUAUGGCCAGUGUCAAGGGAUGAUGGGCAAUGGACUGUGGUUGCCAGCAACAUGGCCAGUGGCAACUAAUGGUGCAGAUGGACUACAGCAUCCCAUCUACAUGGCCAGUGGCAAGGAAUGAUACCAGUUGGGGUGCAGUUUCCACCAGUGCUAGUCAUGGGAUGAUGGGAGAUGUGUUGGAGCCCUGGUCAGCAUUGCCAAUGGCAGGGGCUGAUGGGAUCUGGGCACCCUUGAGAACUUUAGAUCAUUGGAACGGAUGGCAAGCAAAGUUGCAAAAGAAACCAGUUGUUUACAUGAACCCAGCAUCAGACAACUUUUGGAGGAGGAG